GCCUUCUCUCGUACUGACCAAGAAUGCGUCAGGUGAAAGCAACGGACUUUCUUCUUCUACUCUGACCUGGAUUGAAUAGGACUGAUACAUUGUGGAGGGAGAAGACUCACAUCUGAGGAGACGAGUACAAGCCGCGACACCACAGCAGUAACCAUCUACGUAUCCCCACCACCGUGCAUUAGCAUCGACAUCACUGAAAGAGGAAUAAUAAUAAAAAAAGAACACAAUCGCGCUCCCUGGAAAAUGGAAGCCAAGUCCGAUCCUACUCUAACACGGAGACGUCAGCGCCGCCCAGAUCUGCAGAGCGCUUUCGACGUUCCAGAGGACAUCCAGCAACUCAUUUCGAAUGUGGCGCACACGCUGAUGUCGGGAUUCACGAGCAGGGCGAAGUCGAAUUCCGCAGUCGCAGCGAAGGUGGUCGGUGCUGCCGACAAAGGCCUCCAGGAGCUUCUUCAGCCGUCCCUCACACCCGCACAGCAACUCCACGCCAUCUCGAAGGUUACCGGCGCCCUCAAAGACGUCCCCAAGGCGCAGCUGGGAGUUUUGCUGACCGCAAGUUCCGGCGAACUCUACACGUGGGGCCGCACCUUGGCGCUGGAGGCAGUCGUACCGAUGCUGCUCGACUGUCGGGUGCGCUAUCUGCAUCGGGCCUUGAUGACCCUCCUGCGCGUCCUGGUGCCUACGCCCGACGCCCAUUUCGAGGCUGUGGUACGGGAGAUGUACGUCACACGCGUACUGCGGCGCGCCGGCGCAGGUGCAUUAACUGCCGCGUCGACUUCUUCUGCCAGCGAGGCAUCGCCCGCUGCUGCUGCCGCGGCCGCGCUUUACUUCCCUACCGCGACCAACGACGUGCACAUCAGUAUCAGUGCGUCGCGUGACGCCGUCUUGAACUUCUUAAACACUGUGGACGGACUGACCAGCACCCUUAUGCCAAUGCUGCCUUCCGUUUUCAAUGCCACGUUCCUGGAGGCGCUGCCGCUGCUCGCGGAGUGCUUUCAAUGGGUGGUCGUGAACGCCACAAGCCACAGCCAUUCACAGGUGGGUGGCGACUCCAGUCGCGGCGCCACUGCAGUGGCCCCUCCUUCAACGGUGGCAGAGGAGGGCGAGGAAGUUGCCGUCGGCACGAGAGAGGAGGAGGAAGAAGGAAACAAAAGAGCAAAAGAAGACACGAGCGGCACAAAGGGUACUCCGUCGCAGGCGCUACCCGGGGCUGUGGGCGGCACCGUCUUCGGCGAAGAUCUCGAGCACAUUCGUUUCUGCGUGCGCGUUGUCGCCACGUACAUCCACAAGUACAUGGAUUCCUUGACCGCGGCCAUGCUGUCGUGCACCGCGGGCGGCGAUGUGUCACGACAACUCGCGCGCUUGCUACAACCGACGGUAGUGAUGCUCGCGUCGCCUAUUUUCCCAAAGGACGUGCUGAACGCGGUAGGGCUUUUGGUGGCGUCAAUCCUGACCGUACGUACCUGUGACGGGUGGCUGCUGUCGGCGGUGUGCGCCGCACUGCGGGACGACGUAACGCAGUCCGCCGCAGGAGACGCCGCAGGAGACGCCGCAGGAGCACUAGAAGAGAAUAAAGAGUUGUCGCGUGGCGCACCCAUCAAGGAGGCGAAGUCUCUGGCGGACUUAUUUGUCUGUGCGGAAGUGGCACUUGGUGUGGUGUGCGCUGCGGAUCCGCAAGCCGCUGCCCAGGCUCACCACAGCACCGGCGCGAAGGCGUUGCACGAUCUUUUUACUACCUUUACCCCGAACGGCUGCUUCGCGCUUCUCAAGGGCAUCCUGGCGCACGUCUCAUCGCCCAUCCGCGGGGACUGGAUGUCGCUUGGCAUUCUCCUGAAUCCGCACGGCCCCGCCUCCACGGUCGUGGCCUACGACGUCAUUGUGCCCGCUGCCCAAGUGUUCUGCAACGCGGUGCAGGAGCCUGAGACACGCUUUAUGGCUAUUCAAACCGUGGACAGCGUGGUGCGGCACGUGAGUGCGGUCUUGAGUGGUGCCUCCGCUGCACUGAGAAAAUCACGCGAUGCGGCAGAAGAGCAACGAACGUUAUCGAGCUCUGGCUCGGCAGCAGUGGAAAAGGGCGCCGUGCUGACGGAGCAAGCACGUGGACAUCUGACCUCUCUCUGUGUCUCCACGCCUAAGUUGCAGGCAACGCUGCUUAUUGCGACGCAGCUCAUCAUGUCUCUCUGGGAUGAUGGCACGCAGCAGAUGUCCGGCGCCCUCUACGGCACCUACAACGAAAUCUUGAAAAUCAAAGACACGCUUCACUUGUGCCAACAACAGCAACUGACGAGUGGCGAAACGUCGGUGGUCAACGGAGAAGCGGACACCGCCGUGACGCUGGACCAGAUCUUGGAUGUGCAGGCGGAGCGGCGUGGCAAGUACCACGCGUUACUAGGUCACCUGUCCAUGAUGCCGCUGCCCAACUUUGUCCACGUGCUGCAGCGACACUACCGCUGCGAGGCGUCGAUGGCCGACGCUGUGGCCGCAUUCUCGCGCAUGUUGCUGUCCGGUGCGAGCAAUCACAAGAUCGGCAACGUUGCGGGUGACGUGUUCGCGCAGCUUGCAGGUGCACUUAAGAGUGCGUCUUCUGACAAGGCUUUGAACGACGACCACCACCUCAGCAGCAGCAGGAACAGCACCCACACGGAGACCGUUGCGAGUGUGCUGCGCAAAGGCAUCGUGGAGCCGCUAGCGAGGGCGAUGACGGAUAAGGGCUACGUGAGCGUUUCCUCCAACGUAAGCGAGGCAGUGAACAUUUCACACAUUGCCGCUCACUUUGCCGCUCCGUUGAUGAAGCAGGAUCCCUCGUUUCUGACGACGAUCUUGUCCGCCAUUGGGGACGGAAGUGCUACGUUGGCCGACGUGAAGGAGUCGCAUGCGUGCGAGCGUCUGGAGCAAGGCGUCGUGGAGGUACUCUCUCGUGCGCGUGGCGUGGGCAUCGAUAUCGCGCCGUACAUCGCUCCGGGCAGCACCGUCCUGUCAGUGCUGGAGGCGAGCAUGCAUAGCCUCAACUACGAGGUCCGCAACAGUGCGCUCUGCCUCUGUGUGCUGGGUUCAAAGAAGAUCCAGGCGGUCCAACGGUGGCAGCUGCAGAAGGUGGAGAAAUACCUCAUUCUAAACAUGCACCUCGGCGGCGACAGCACGGCGCGGAAAGGGCUGCUGGAGAUGCUGAAGAAGUGGGCCCGCCGACUCAUGGAGAGCUACACGAGUAAAGGCAUCAACGCAGGGGACAGCCACGACGCAACGAAGGCGUCAAAGAAGCAGCGGAAGGAGGAGCGUGCAGAUGUAGCGGCCCCACCAUCAGCACCACCUCCGGAGGCUACAUCGGAUGUGCUGGAGCUGGGUACUCCUGCGUACCGCGACGCGGUAAUGCAGCACUGCGUGCGACUCGCCGAGAUCUUCGCGCAGAACAUAGGCGUGAACCUGCGCGCCAGCUCGGGACUCGCAGUGGAGCGUCGCGUUACCGCGAUGAUGGGAUACGUUGUGCUGGUGCAGGGUCUGCGAACUGUCGUGAAGGGUGAGAAGCAAGAGAAGCUGUGGUUGGCGACACAGGAAAAUGCACGGCAGGGUCUCCUUCACGUCUGCACUGUGCCGUCGCUGAUUGCAACCUUGUCGGAUGGCUGGUCACAGGCACGGGACAGCGCGCAGGAGCUGCUGCAACUCUUCUGUGAGCUGGCACCCGCUGCGGUGUUUGCAGAGGCCCGCGGCGUCAGCAGCGACGAUGCCAACGCCUCAUGCUCCGCGUUGACUGAGCAGGCACAUCAGGACCUCUUAAAGGCGCAGACGUACCGCAACGCGGAAGGGGCAGUGCGGCGCUUCUUGCUCUUCUCCAUGCACUCCUUUACAGCGCAGGCGAACGCGCAGCUUCACCCACAGCAGGAGCUGGAUCGGUUAAACGGUUUACUCGAAGUGGAGCGCACAUCGGUGCUGGCAAAGUGCGCCUACAUGAGUGCGAUGCGUGGCAGCUCGUCGUACGCGUACAUCCAAGCUAACCCGCUGCACGGCUCGCUGUCGCUCUGUGCGGAGCUGCUGGGCUGCAUGUCCGCGGUGGACCGCCAUCUGUCUCUCUGCGUGGCACCAGGCGGCGAGGCUACGGCAGUCCUGGGCGGCCCAGUAUUGACUCAAGCGUGCACGCAGCUCCUCCGGUGCUGCGGCGUGGUGCUGCGCACGUGCAGCUCCCUUGUGGGAACGGAGACGGUGACCGCCGGUGCAACGGCGGGCGUGGGGGCGGAUGAGGUGGUAGACUGCCGCGGCCACGUGUACGAUCGCAGCCGCCCCGAGGCCGAGUCUGUGAUGCGCGGGGUGGUGAACAACACGUGGCUCAGCAUGCGCGUCUCCACCACCGCGGUGGAUCGCGUGCUCAAGGUACGCGCUGUGCAUCUGCUUCCGUUUGACGUGGUCCGCAGCACCGCCUACGAGCUGGUGCAUGCCCUGCUGCUCACGAAGCACAACGGCGUGAUGCGUUGCGUUCGCGAAGCGCUCAAGUCGUUGACCGCCACCCUCGUACGCUCCCGUGCGCCGCAGUUUUAUCAGCUGCCGGCUGAACUGCUGGAGUACCUGCUGGGUCCGGAGGGCGUCACGUCCGGCGACAUGGCUCGCAUGCUCCGACGCAGUCAGGGACUGCCGCACGCUAUCCUGGCCGUUCUGGAGGCGGAGGACACGGCGGUGCCCUACUGCCUGUUCCCGUCUGCGAUGCGCCAGCUGACACGCGUCGCCCGUGGCAACUUUCAAGUUGCUGAAGGCACCGUUGGUCACUUCAACAGCCUGGGCAGCACCCUCGACGACGUGCGCCGCAGCCAACGCUCCAACGCGCUAAAUGUGCUGAAGUUCAUCUUCGAGGAUAAAGUGUUUGCCGAUCGCGUCGUUGCCUACAUCGAGGAGGCCUUCUCCCUGGCGACGGAGGGCUUCCACGACGCGAGUUGGUACACUCGCAACAGCUCCCUGAUGCUUUUCUCCGCCGUCCUCCACCGCUUCGUCGGCGAGCACCCGUCCACCGGCGGCUCCGGCGUGAACACGUCGCUGCACGACGUGGCAAAGCGCACUCCCCGCGGCGUCGCGUACGCGUACGCGGAGCUGAUGCGCGGCAACGGCCUCAUCGAGGAUGUAGUGGCCGGCGACGUCUCUUCCUCCUCUCCCCCGGCAGGUGUGUCUGCCAGUGUGGAGGUGAACGUGGCCCUCUUCCCCGUUCUGCAGCUGCUGUCGAUGCUUUCGCCCGACCCGCCCCACCUUCUCACCAAAGCCAGCCACGGCGAGUGGGACGACGCCGCACGCAUCUCUGAGGCAGUGCGGCAGUGCGCCGGCUCACCUAGUUUGAUGGUGCGCUCCGCCAGCGCGGUGGCGCUGUGCUGUUUGGUGCCCAUCGCCUCCUUACCACGCGUGAUUGCGCGAACGCGGCGUGGACUCGCUUUGCUGCCGUGCGAGGCGGCGCCGCUGUCUUGCGACGUCAGCGAUGAAGGCUGCCCACAGGAGAAACCGCAACCAAACGGUGGCGGUGGCGUCAACGCGUGCCACGGCGCGUUGCUUCAGCUGCUGCAGUUCCACGCCCAGUACGUUGGAACGCUGCGACGCCAUUACAAGCAAAAGCGCAGCAGCUACGCCACCCCUGCUGUCGCCGAGGAGGUCUGCCACGCCAUUUGCGAGGUGGUGCUCUCGUGCCACGCCGUUCUUGUGAGAGUGUGUGCCGUGUGCCCCACUGUCGCUGCAGCCGUAUUCGGCUUGCUGGCCGACCUUGUCUACUACGGUCCUCAGCAGCACCUCUCUGACAGCCAGCAGCAGGCACUUCGUGGCCUGUGCGUGGCGUCGCUUCAGGCGUACGUGUUGUCGAGUCAAGGUGUCCUGGAGCGCGGCAGCGUGAUGGAGGGCGCCAGCGCUGUUGUCAUAUUUAUGGCUGCGCAGCAUUGUGUUCCUGUUGGCGCGUGGUCGGCUGCGGAGCAGCAGUGCGUCGCGCAGAUUCUCAACCACGAGGCUGCUGCGUUGGACAUCCGCAAAGGAGAGCACAACCUGAUUUCGUGGGUCGCGGUGCAACUCAUUCACUACGGCGACCACAAAACAGGUGUGCUAGACCGGGACGCAAUGGCGGCCGUUCUGCAGGUGCUUGCCGGUGAGGUCCAGUGCGAUAUCCGCUCCUUGGUGUCGCAGACCUUAACCGACUUCUUUGAGAGCGGCGCCGUUGCCGCUUCGACGCCAGCGGCUACCAUGCCGAACAUCCGGUGCCUCUCGUGGGGACAGCUCGUCACCCAUUUGCGCUUCACCGCCGCCUCCCUUACGCUUUCUUCAAACAACGGUGUUUCCGAUGCAGAGCAGACUUUCAGCGCCGGUGUCAGCUCGUCGGCUAUCGACCGACUGUACGAGAUUGUUGUUCAUCUUCUCUCCUCCACCGUGAACGACGACGACGCUGCGAGCGCCGCGGUCGGUUCGCUUUGGCAGAACUCAGACGCCUGCAGCGCAGCACUGGAUCUGGCCGCCUGCUACGACAUGCACGCAGCGGCGGCAGCAGCGCGAGUGAUUUCGCCUCGUUUGGCGCGCACCCUCGCGUACUUCGCGGAGCCGGAGCAACCGCUGGAGGCGCGCCUGGCAGUCGUGCAGGCGCUUCGCACGGCGCAGCCUUUCCUGCGGCGCAGCGUGUCGGCUCCCAGCUGUCCCGAGAGCGCCGUGACGCUGUUUUUGAUCCUGCUGCGUUUGUUGGUCGAUGACACCUCGAACAUUCGUGAAGCGGCGUCGACGAUCUGCUCCCACUGCCUGUGGGGACCGCAGGAGGCGCCGCGUGAUCAGGUGUCCUGCCUGUUGGCGGUUGUGCGUCUUCUUCGCCAGUUGCACGCAAGAGGUGAGCUGCCGAGUGCAGCGGCUGCCAAGACGAUUUUAGUAGUCACGGAGGUAACUGACGGUGGUGCGACGCUGAAGGAUCUGACAGCAGCAGGAAAAGUGGAGUUGGAUGACGAAGAAGAUAGGGACGCGGAAGACGACGCGAACGGCGAGGAUGUUUUGUUUCAGAAGGAGGCGGCGAACAUGUUUGCGGAGGAGACGGUGCUUCUGUGCCUGUCGGGGCACAUCUUUGGUGUUGACGCGUCGCACGACGUAGCUGUGGCUUGUCGUAGCUUCUCGGUAUUCGAUGAGCUGUUGAAGUAA